AUGUACAACGUCCACAAGCAGAGUCCUGUGGGCGCAUUUCAGUCUGCCUUCCGAGCUCAGGGGCCCCUCGCCAUACUGGAGCACUUUGAUACAGUCUACAGCAUUUUACAUGUUUGGAAGUUGGGUUAUGUGAAGAAAGCCAAUGAGACCAACCCCCAGAUUCUGCCCCUCACAGUGGUAUCCCGCCACUCCCAGGAACUGUCGUCCAUCCUGGAUGAUGCAGCUCUGAGUGGAUCAGAUAGAAGCGCCCACCUAAAUGCCCUCAAAAUGAACUGCUAUGCCCUGAUCCGCCUUUUGGAGUCCUUUGAGAAUAUGACCAGCCAGACAAGCCUCAUUGACCUGGACAUUGGUGGGAAGGGUAAGAGAGCCCGGGCCAAAGCAACCCUUGGCUUUGACUGGGAGGAAGAGAGGCAACCAGUUCUUCAGCUUUUAACACAGCUGCUCCAGCUGGACAUCCGUCACCUAUGGAACCACUCAGCAAUUGAAGAAGAAUUUGUCAGUUUGGUUACUGGGUGUUGCUACCGCCUUUUGGAGAAUCCCACCAUUAGUCACCAGAAGAACCGCUCCACCAAGGAGGCCAUAGCACACCUGCUUGGGGUGGCCUUGGUCCGCUACAACCAUAUGCUCAGUGCCACUGUGAAGAUCAUCCAGAUGCUGCAGCACUUUGAGCACCUGCCCNCUGUGCUGGUGACAGCCGUGACUCUGUGGGCAACAGACUACGGGAUGAAGAGCAUAGUGGGAGAGAUUGUAAGAGAGAUUGGACAGAAGUGUCCACAGGAGCUGAGUCGAGACACAGCAGGGGCAAAGGGCUUUGCGGCUUUCCUCACUGAGCUAGCAGAGCGAAUCCCAACUGUCCUGAUGGCCAACAUGUGCAUUCUGCUAGACCAUCUGGAUGGAGAGAAUUACAUGAUGCGCAAUGCUGUGUUAGCAGCUAUAGCCGAGAUGGUACUACAGGUUCUAAAUGGUGACCAGCUCGAAGAAUCGGCUCGAGAAACCAGAGAUCAGUUCUUGGACAUCUUGCAAGCUCAUGGCCAUGAUGUGAACUCUUUUGUUCGGAGCCGUGUUUUGCAGCUCUUUGCCCGAAUUGUCCAACAGAAGGCACUCCCCCUGACCCGUUUCCAGGCAGUGGUGGCCUUGGCAGUGGGACGGCUGGCAGACAAGUCAGUGCUAGUGUGUAAAAAUGCCAUUCAGCUGCUGGCCAGCUUUCUAGCNAAUAAUCCCUUUUCCUGCAAGCUUAGUGAUAUCGACCUUGCUGGACCACUGCAGAAGGAGAUUCAAAAAUUACAAGAAAUGCGAGCCCAGAGGCGAAGUGCAACUGCGACUGCAGCACUAGACCCCGANGAGGAGUGGGACGCCAUGUUGCCAGAAUUGAAGUCGACCCUGCAGCAGCUCCUGAAACUUCCCCAGGAAGAGGGAGAUCAUCAAAUUGCUGAUGCAGAGACUGCAGAGGGGGUGAAAGGACGCAUCCNCCAACUGCUUGCCAAAGCAAGUUACAAACAGGCUAUUAUUCUCGCUCGGGAAGCUACCAGUCGCUUCCNGGANUCUGAACCCUUCAGUCACACAGAGCCAGAGGANAACGGCUUCCUGAAUCUCUUGGGACUCAUCUUCAAAGUGGUGCAGGAGGUGAUUGAGUUCUUUGUGAUGGUAUUCCAAUUUGGGGUACCUCAGGCCCUGUUUGGGGUACGCCGCAUGCUGCCUCUCAUCUGGUCUAAGGAGCCUGGUGUCCGGGAAGCCGUGCUUAGUGCAUACCGCCAACUCUACCUCAACCCGAAAGGGGACUCGGCCAGAGCCAAGGCGCAGACUUUGAUUCACAACCUCUCGCUGUUGUUAGUGGAUGCCUCCGUCGGGACCAUUCAGUGUCUUGAGGAAAUUCUGUGUGAGUUUGUGCAGAAGGAUGAGAUAAAGCCAGCGGUGAUCCAGCUGCUGUGGGAGCGGGCAACGGAGAAGGUGCCAUGUUCUCCUCUGGAGCGCUGCUCCUCUGUUAUGCUUCUUGGCAUGAUGGCACGAGGAAAACCGGAGAUUGUAGGAAGCAACUUAGACACCCUGGUGAGGGUGGGGCUGGAUGAGAAGUCUCCCCAGGACUACAGGCUGGCCCAACAGGUGUGCCUUGCCAUUGCUAACAUCUCGGACAGGAGGAAGCCUUCCCUGGGUGAGCGCCACCCUCCCUUCCGGCUGCCUCAGGAGCACAGGUUGUUUGAGCGACUUCAGGAUAUGGUCACAAAGGGCUUUGCACACCCAGAUCCCCUCUGGAUCCCAUUCAAAGAAGUAGCAGUGACCCUGACCUACCAGUUGGCAGAGGGCCCUGAUGUGCUCUGUGCCCAGAUGUUGCAAAGCUGUGCCAAGCAAGUCUUGGAGAAGCUUGAGAAGAACGCCACUGAGGCAGACCCUAAGGAAACAGCCCCUAGGCUCCCCACAUUCCUGCUGAUGAACCUGCUGUCCCUGGCUGGGGAUGUGGCUCUACAGCAGCUGGUGCAUUUAGAACAGGCAGUGAGUGGAGAGCUGGGUCGGCGGCGAGUUCUGCGAGAGGAGCAGGAGCACAGGGCCAAGGAGCCCAAGGAGAAGGUGCGUGAGUGGCCAGGGGCAUCCCUGCUUUCCAUACCCUCAGCUCUGGACACGCCUUUCCAGGGAUCUCUGCUUCUAACUGAGCGUCAGUACCGAGACCUAGCCUACUGUAUGUCCCAGCUGCCCCUCACAGAGCGAGGUCUCCAUAAGAUGCUAGACAACUUUGAGUGCUUUGGCGAUAAGCUGUUAGAUGAGUCUGUCUUCGGUGCUUUCUUGUCAAUUGUGGGCAAACUUCGUCGCGGGGCCAAGCCUGAGGGCAAGGUGAGUGGUCCUGUUAGGUUCCGGGGCAAACUUUCAGCAGAGAUGACGGAAGAAGAGACACCCAAGAGAACCACCCCCAUCCGCAGAGCAUCUGGGCAAAGACACAGGUCCUAGGAGCUGCCUUUGCCUGCUCCUGUCCCUGCNGUGCAGGGUAUCUUACUGGAUGAUCUUGGAUUCAGCCCACCCCCACCCCCCCCCUGUAGAAGUGCUUGUUGCCUGUGGUUUUAACAUGGCCUUUGCAUUGAGGUCUUUCUCUUAGAGCCCUGCUGCCGCUUUCCCUUUCUCAGUCUGUGCCAAUUGCUGUUUUCUAAUGAAUAAAUGUUUUUAUAGACUUUUAA